UUCGGUUCCGGUACAAAAACGAAAAUACGGGGCAAAAGUUGGAGUUCGGCCAAAAAAUUUUAGUUUUGAAGAUGGUUUGUGUGAUAUAGUUACUGAAAAAGUGCGUUUGGUUCCAACAGUGACAUCAAUGUGUCGUGUUGAUGAUUCUGUCGAUGUUGGUGAUUCAGUGUUGGUGAUUAGGACGCCUGUUGGUGAUGAUGGCGAAGGAUAUGAACUUGUGUGUGUUGGUGAUGGUGAUAGUGUUUCAGACUCUGAUAGAUACCAGUUUGGAGAUCAUAGAUUCACAUGUGAUACAAGUAUGGUCAGCGCCGGGUGGGAUGACGCGACUACCGUGCGACCUGGCGGCGCCUGUCAGCGAAGUCGCGCUAAUGUUCUGGUUCAAAGAGGGGGACAGGAUGCCUAUUUAUACAGUGGACUUCAGAAACGGCCCACCAGUCCACUGGGCAGUCGCCGGAGAGUUCGGAGCUCGCACCCACUUUGUGCUCAAUGAGUCUGAUCCAUCAUCAGCUCACCUGGUGGUGGAGAAGGUGGCUCGCCAGGAUGAAGGGGUCUAUAGGUGCAGGAUAGACUACGUCGAUGCGCCGACAAGAAAUUAUAGGGUUAAUUUAACUGUUAUAGUUCCACCAGAAGCACCUCGGAUAUACGAUUACGAGGGUACAGAGAUUCUGGGGUCAAUAGCUGGACCCUUCAGAGAAGGACAAAAUAUCCUACUCUCCUGUCAAGCUGCUGGAGGCAAACCUCCCCCUGACGUGUCAUGGUACAGGGGCGAAGAGAGGUUAGCGUACACAAAGGAGGGUUCCGUAUCGCAGUUGCACCUGCCCAAUUUGUCCAGGGAGAUGACUGGCACCAAGCUGCAGUGCAGGGUUGAACCGCCGCUGCUGCAGACACAGUCCAGAGAAGUUACUAUACGGUUGUAUUUAAAACCACAAUACAUUCGAGUAACGGGCAGUGGUUCAACAAGAGCAGGCAUGGACAAAUCGUUUGUCUGCACCACGCGGGGUUCGAAGCCAGCCCCAAACAUUGAGUGGUUCAUUAACUCACAAUUGGUGGAUUCCACAUUGACACAGGUGGAAGUAGAUGGAGAAAUAACGAAGAGUGUUCUAACUUGGCACGUGCGUCGUGAAGACAGUGGGAGGCAGCUGACCUGCCGUGUCUCCAACCCUUGGUUCCCAGCGCAUACUCUAGAAGACUCAGUCACUUUGGAUGUUAUGUAUCCACCAGUAACCCAAAUAUCCUUGAUAGAACCAAAAGAACCUCGUCUACUGCGAGAAGACGAGAAUGCUGAGCUUCUGUGUUCAGCCGACGCAUCACCACCCGCUGUCAACUUUACUUUUUAUAGAGGCCCUGAGGUCCACUUAAUCCGCGACGAUCCUAUCGGAGGUCUUUCGAUAGAGAACAACAGGCUAGUAAUUAGGGGUUUGAGAAGACAUCACUCGACCGUGUACCGGUGUCGAGCUAGAAACUCUGAAGGGAGUGCCUUGAGUGACCCUCUCACCUUGAAUGUUUUGUCUCGACCAGAAUGCGCAGCAGGCAACGUAGUCCAGCAACUGGCUGGUGCCCCAGGUGGGGAGGUGAGGGCGAGGUGUUCCGUCUCUGCACCCUCCAGCCGAGACGCUGGCCCACUGCGGUUCUACUGGACUUAUAAUGGGACUAAAGAUGUUUUGCCGAUACCAGCGGCCAACGUGACAGUAAUGGGUUCUACAAGCACAGUCAUCCAUGGUCUACAUUCAGAUAUUGAAGAAGACUUGGGCUGGCUGGCGUGCUGGGCCAGCAAUGAUGUGGGUAACCAGCGGGAGCCGUGCCUGUUCAGGAUAUUGCCUGCUGCGCUUCCUGAACCGCCCAGCAACUGCGAGAUAGAGAACGAUCUCCUGCACUGCGAGCCAGGUCAUGACGGUGGUCUUCCGCAGCGGUUUCUCCUUGAAGCUUUGGAGGUACGACACCGCGCUGAACCACCUCAUGAGGACAAUGAGAUCUCCACAAUGAAUGAUCAGGGGAUCUCUGCUUUUGGCCUGACUGAAGCGGUUUACCGAGUCAGGAAUGACAAGCCUCAAUUCGCUUUAGAUGCCUUAUCUCCUGGCAAGUAUACAUUGCUGGUGUACGCUGAAACUCCUCGGGGAAGAUCACAAAGACCUGCAGCAUUGCACAGCGUUCGGAUACGAACCGCUGAUGAUUUGGAUAGACCAGGGUCUCUCCAAACCAUGACACCAGCGCCACCUCCUCAGCCACAACCCUCGGACAACAGCGUGGCAUUACUGGUCGGAGCUGCUUUAUCCCUGGUGCUGCUAACUAUACUGACGACUUUGUGUGUGGCCAUGAUUGUCAUGUGCAAGAAGAAGAGUAGGCCUAGGGAUCCGGAGCAGAGCACCAUACUAAGAAGAAACGUAGGAGUAUCAAUGUACGGUGGCAGUUCUACGCUAUCAUCCAGCGUAGUUCCAACAGUGGUGGUCAGAGGCCACAGAGGAUCCAGGGUCUUGGCUGCCAGAUGGUCAGGGGUCCUUGACGAUGCUCCCCUAGCUGUGCUGGCUCUGGACACAAGACCCCAUGGUGAUUCAGAUUCAAACAGAAGUGAGGACGAAAUACAAGAGACUGAAUUGACGAGAAACGAAUUAGAAACGCAUACUUAACGUACUAUAAAAUAAUGUUCUUAAAAUCAUGAGAAAGUAAACAUCAAACAUUCACUUCAAUAUAAAAACACAAAAACAAUUCACCAGACAAAUAAGAAAAAAGUGCAAAUCAGAUUUUGUUUGUUUAACGAUAAUCUUUUGAACUUCUAAACUAGUUCAAAUCUCAAAACUACGUUGUUUCGUUUCAUGUAUAAAUUAAAGGAGGCUAUUUAUUAUUGCUAAUAGUGAUCUGAAAACGAAAUACAGCUAAUAAUAUUGAUGAAGAAACUGUAUCAUUAUACGGCCUAUAAAAGAAAUAUAACAACAACAGAACUAAAAGGAAAUAAUAAAUGAUGUCUUAAUAUUUAUUUCAUGAAAGAAAACAUUAGUGAUAAGACCAUAGCUAGCAUAAUGACUUAGAUAGCACACAUUAUGAUAAAUCGUGGGAGAUUUAUUAUUCCGAGGAAAUUUACUGCAUUAUGCACUCCCAGAGCACACGUAUGACGAUUUUUCAUAAGCUUACUGUAUGGUAUUAUGGAUAUAUUUUACAGGCAAAUUAUAGUAGGAUUUCAAGUCCAUUUUCGGAAUAUCCACUUAAAUGUGAUGAAAAAUUGGAAGAUUUUAAAUGAUUUGUGGUUUUAAAAUGUGGUUAUUUUAUAUUGCUUUUAUUUUAAAGA